AUGGAGGAAACUUCUAUGGAAUAUCUGCUACAAAGUCUGAAGAACCUGGUUUUUUACAAUGAUCAUCUGAUUCUUGACGUGAAGGGACAGGUGAAGGCCCUGUACAACAAUCUUGAUUUGUUGAAAGCCCUAUUCACGAAAGCUGAAAAAAUCCAGAACAAGAAUGGAGUCCUAAAACAAAACCAAAUCAGAGACGUUUUAUAUGAAGCAGAAGAUAUUGUAGACAAAUAUGUUACUGAGUCUGCUGCUCAAAAGCUUGAGUCACAAAAUGCUUUAAAUAGAAGAAGUCAUCCCAUGCUUCGAAGUUUGGGGAAACAGAUUGAGUCCAUCAGCACUAAGGUGAAAAAGAUAUAUGAGAAAAACAAGGGGUGUGUAGUUCAGGCACUGCAAGAAGGGGAGGGACAUGCCAGAAGGACAAAAGAGAGAGAGAUCGAUGGUGCUUGUCGUUUUGGUAUUGGAUAUGGCGGCGACGAGUCUGGCUGCGGCGGCAACGGUUAG